GCGCUACAAAACCACGUGACUCGUGUGAGCACGUGACAGGUUGGACUGGAUCGUCAUGGCUGCGGGACCGGAACCUGUGUACUGGCUGGGUAAGGAUACCCUGAGGGUGUCUGCAGCCCUGUUUGCUGAGAAUCGGCGGCGGCUGUGCCAGGGGCUGAAGGCCAAAGAAGGAAUUGUGUCGAAGUCAGUGGUUGUCCUGCAGGGAGGAGAGCAGAAGCAGAGGUACUGCACGGAUACUGACAUCCUUUUCAGACAGGAGUCUUUCUUCCACUGGGCUUUUGGAGUGACCGAGUCAGACUGCUUCGCAGCCAUCGAUGUGGACUCAGGGAAAUCCAUCCUUUUUGUUCCCAAACUGCCUGAGAGCUACGCUACUUGGAUGGGAGAGAUCUAUCCCAAGCAGCACUUCAAGGAGAGGUAUGCUGUCGAUGAGGUGCACUACACCUGUGAUAUUGUUGAUGUCCUGUCCAGCCUGACACCUGCUGUUCUCCUCACACUGCGAGGACAAAAUACUGAUAGCGGGAGCAUCAGCCGUGAAGCCUCCUUUGAAGGAAUUAGCCGCUUCCAAGUAAACAACACUCUUUUGUACCCAGUUAUUGUGGAAUGCCGCUUGAUUAAGACAGAUAUGGAGCUGGAGGUCCUGCGCUACACUAACAGGAUUUCCAGUGAAGCCCACAAAAUGGUUAUGAAGCAUGUGAGACCUGGACAGAAGGAAUAUGAAAUGGAGAGUCUGUUCCAGCACCACUGCUACAGCCAAGGAGGGAUGCGUCACACCUCGUACACCUGUAUCUGUGGAACGGGCAGCAACUCCUCCAUUCUCCACUAUGGCCAUGCCGGAGCUCCCAAUGACAAGACCAUUGUAGAUGGAGACAUGUGUCUAUUUGACAUGGGUGGAGAGUACUACUGCUACAGCUCAGACAUCACCUGCUCCUUCCCAGCCAAUGGCAAGUUCACCCCAGACCAGAGGGCCAUCUAUGAGGCUGUGCUCAAGUCCUCUCGAGCUGUCAUGGCUGCCAUCAAACCAGGUGUGAAGUGGACCAACAUGCACCGCCUGGCUGACCGGGUUCACCUGGAGGAGCUGGUGAAGAUUGGCAUCCUGAAAGGGAACGUGGAGGACAUGAUGAAGGUCCACCUGGGCUCCGUCUUCAUGCCCCAUGGCCUGGGACACCUACUGGGCAUCGACGUGCACGACGUGGGAGGCUACCCCGAGGGCGUGGACCGUGUUAAUGAACCUGGGCUCAGGAGUCUCCGGAUGGGCCGUCUGGUGCAGGAGCGGAUGGUCCUCACCGUGGAGCCCGGCAUAUAUUUCAUCAACCACCUGCUGGACCAGGCACUCGCCAACGAUGCCCAGAGCUGCUUCAUCAACAACCAAGAGCUGGCUCGCUUCCGCAGCUUUGGAGGGGUACGCAUCGAAGAUGACAUUGCAGUGACGGCGGACGGUGUGGAGCUGCUGACCUGUGUCCCUCGCACUGUUGAGGAGAUCGAGGCUUUCAUGGCCGACUCUGCCAAACCCUUCAGUCCCGUCGUCAGCAGUGAGAAAUUCUGAAUGCCAUUUCUGCGAACUCCAAUCCAUAUGCUGUGAUAUCGGGAAUGCAGCAGAAGAAACAAUAUUCUCAAGUGAAAUUGAAAUGAUUUUAGGCUUUGUCAUAUCUCAUUCUCAUAUCUCUUGCUCUCAUACAACAAAUCCACAAUCACUUUGGGCAGUAGAAGCAACACAUACCAAUGAUGAGCUAAGGAUGGUUUGGUGUCUCUUUAAUUCUCAGGAGAACACAAAACAGUUUUACAUCAGUGAUGCAUGUUCCUCAGUUGCAACCACCACUUUAAUAACUGAUUAAGAGUGACUUCUUCCUGCUUAAAAACAGUGUUAACAGUCAACAAUUUUUGUGCCUCUUGGUAAAUUACUUUAAUUUUUUAAAUAAAUGCUUUAUUCUUUGUAUUUAUGAAGAAUUCACAAAAAUACUGUCAAACAGAAUUGAAUAAAAUCUUGAAUUUGUAA